AUGAGGAUUCCUGUCCCCCUCUUUACCAUUCUCUUCUGUAUGAGCCAAGUUCUACCAGCCAGAGGCAAAUUCAAGGAGAUUUGUGAGCGUCCAAACGGCUCCUGCCAGGAAUUUUGCAUCGAAACAGAAAUCCACGUUGGGAGAUGUUUAAAUAACCAACAUUGCUGCCUGCCCCUGGGGAACCAACCAGUCAUUGAGAAUACUACACCCACCCAGAAAUAA